UCACGUAACGGUUUUCGGUAGCUCAUCGCACUUUCGACAGAUUUGAUUUGCCGUUUUUAAAUUAUUGUCAUAUGUCAACAUUAGAAUAUGUUGAAACUGUUCAUAUAAUUAAUAUGUUGUCAUGGCGUUUUAUUUGAUAUGAAGAUGACUUUCCUGCACACGUUACAUUUAAAUAUAUUUGAAAGUACCAACGGCUGCAGUCAGUUAGAUUAGCUUCGAUGGUGAGUUCACGUGUGUCGUUGGAUUGACAAGUACAAAACAGUUAGUUCUGAAUCUCCCUGAAAACAAAGUUUUUAUCAUAUUACCGUGGUUCACGUUAGUUAUUUACAUCCCUGGCUUUUGCAAAAAACAAAAAAAAAAGGCUAACAUCGAAGCUAACGUUUAGCAUGCCCUCUGUCAGCCGCUGUCAACACUGCGAGCUUCAGUAGAGACAGCUUCAGGACACACAGCAGCCUCACGACAUGUCUGCGAGCAAAAGGCUGCUUCACUUUGUCAAGCACAGGAGUUUAUGGACGCAUGUUCGGAGAAAUGUCACGACGUGGUCUCCUGUCGGAGCCGCUUUCAAUGCCAAAGCUCAGAGGAGGUUGAAGAUAUUCGAGAAAAAGGGGGGUUUGUUUGGAGUGCCAGAGCUGAGCAAUCCUUCAGGUUUCCAGGUAGCCACAAAAGCAGCUCUGAAGAACACAGAGCGCCUGCUGGACAAGGCUUGCUCUUGUUCUCCAGGGGUUGAGACAGUCGAGUCUUUUGACCAGCUCUCAGAUGAUUUAUGCAAAGUGGCUGAUCUGGCAGACUUUGUAAAAGUGGCACAUCCAGAUCCAGAGUUUCGUGAGGCUGCAGAGAAGACCUGCAUAGAGAUUGGCACAGUUGUGGAGAAGCUGAACACUAAUGUUGAAUUGUGUCAAAGUCUAAAAAAACUCCUGGACAACCCAGACAUUAUGGCUCAGCUGGACCCUGAUACGAGACGAGUGGCAGAGCUUUUCAUGUUCGAUUUUGAAAUCAGUGGAAUUCAUCUGGAUGACGAACUGAGGAAAAAGGCAGUUGCACUUCAUGUGAAGCUGUUGGAUCUAAACAAUGAGUUCCUGGUCGGCUCUCACAUGCCCAACAGAAUCGCGAGGUCUGCGAUUCCUGAGCAUCUACACCGGCAGUUUGCAAGUGAAGGAAGCUUCAUCCAAGUUGGGGGAUUACACGCAGAUUCCCCAGAUGACUUGGUGCGAGAAGUUGCCUACAGGAUUUACCUCUAUCCAAACGCAGAUCUGAUGGGGUGUCUGGAAGAGCUGCUGAAAUGCAGAUACAAACUGGCCAAACUGGUGGGCUAUGAGUCCUACGGACACAGAGCUUUAAAGGGAACGAUGGCCAAAACACCAGAGACGGUGAUGAGCUUUCUUCAGUUGUUAACAGACAAGCUGUCAGACAGAACAGCCAAAGAUUUCAAAAUGAUGGGAGACAUGAAGAAAAAACUCAACCCUCGUAACUCUGAGCUCAUGCCAUGGGAUCAUCCGUACCUCAGCGGCGUCUUGCGUGCUGAAAGAUACAACAUCGAGCCCAGUCUGUACAGUCCGUACUUAUCUCUGGGCGCCUGUAUGGAGGGUUUGAACAACCUUUUCACUCAGCUGUACGGAGUGUCCCUCAUGUCCGAACACACCAGUGCUGGAGAGGUUUGGAGUGAGGAUGUCCGCAAAGUGGCUGUGGUACAUGAAACAGAGGGAUUAUUGGGAUACAUCUACUGUGACUUUUUCCACCGGCCAGAUAAACCUCAUCAGGAUUGCCACUUUACCAUCCGUGGCGGCCGCUGGUGCAGGGAAACCGGUCAGUACCAGCUUCCAGUCGUGGUGCUCAUGCUGAGUCUGCCCCACCCUACCAAGAGCGCCCCCACCCUGCUCACUCCGGGCAUGAUGGAGAACCUCUUCCACGAGAUGGGGCACGCCAUGCACUCCAUGCUGGGACGCACACGCUACCAGCACGUAACAGGAACCAGAUGUGCGACCGACUUUGCUGAAGUCCCGUCCAUCCUCAUGGAGUACUUUGCCACCGACUACAGAGUCCUCAGCCAGUUUGCACGGCAUUAUGAAACUGGACAGCCUCUGCCUGAGAGUAUGGUGGCUCGCCUGUGUGAAUCGAAGAAGGUGUGCGGAGCUGCAGACACCCAGCUGCAGAUCUUCUAUGCUGUCUUGGACCAGAUCUACCAUGGCAAACCUCAGAACCGCUCCACCACAGACAUCCUGAAGGAGAUGCAGCAGAAAUUCUACGGCUUGCCUUAUACGCCCAAUACGGCAUGGCAGCUGAGAUUCAGCCACCUGAUUGGCUAUGGGGCCAAGUACUACUCCUACCUCAUGUCCCGUGCCGUGGCCUCCAUGGUGUGGAAGCAGUGCUUCGUUCAGGAUCCUUUAAACAGGGACAUGGGUGAGCGUUACCGGCGGGAGAUGCUGGGACAUGGAGGAGCCAAGGAGCCCAUGCUGAUGGUGGAAGGGAUGCUGCAGAGACGACCUACCACUGAGGACUUUGUGGACGCGCUGGUGUCUGAGCUCAACCCGAACUUUGAGACUUUCAUCAUGGACUCCGAAAGCUGAAAGGUGCCACUGGGGGCACGGAAACCGACGAACCUUUACAAGGCAACAAACGAGAGCACUAAUGAUGCUGAGCCAAGAGACGAAAGACAUGGCUACAAAGCAUGUUCACGUACAUGUCUGUAAAUGAAUUGUUAGAAUUUUAUAUAUUGCUGGUCUGUAUUAAAGUCACAUUGACUUAUUUGAUAUAAUUCUGCUCUCAAUAUAAGGUUAUAUGUUGAUAAUUUAACUAAAGUUUAAGUCUAAAUAUUGAUUGUUGCACAUUAUGGUAACUUUUCUCGUAAUGCUCUGGACUCCCUUACAUCCCUUACAUCUUCACUAAUGGUAUUUCAACAGUAGCUUGUGCCAGACCCUCAUGCUGUCUGUUUAAUAUAAUAAAACAGUUUUGAGUUUGUAUAUUUUAUACAUUUUUUCACCUUUUGUCAGCACUGAACAAACAGAAAAAAAUACUUAAAUACUUAAAUUUUGUUUGUUUUUCAUCAUUUAAUCUGCAUUUCAUUCAUGCCACAACUAGUACCCCGCCAUCAAAUAUCCAUUUUCAGCUCACAUACUAGCAGAAACUUUGUUUUUUCCUGAUCAAAUCAGCAUGAGGAAGAAUACUUAAUCUGCUCUUCCUGUCAUGUGGUCAUUGUUUAGGCUUUAAAUUAAUACCGCUCC